AUGACCACACUCACGAUGAUGAUGACGUGCCGUCUGCUGUGCGCCCUGUUGGUGCUUGCCCUGUGCUGCUGCCCGUCCGCAUUUGCGGCAGAUUCUACGGGGGUCAAUAAAGCUCCAGUUGACGUUAAUAAAAGCGCCGCCACUUCAUUAUCCCCUGCAAAAGACAUUAAAAAGUCGGCUGACGCUGAUGGAAAGGCCACCGGUCUAUCGCCCCCUUCAUUAGGACCAUCAAAGGGAAUUCAAGGGAACGGUCAGCCAAAUCCGCCAAUUCCUGGGCCCGGUGAAGAACAAGGAAAUGAUGUUGUUGAUGGAGGGGGUACGACCGGUCCGAGAACGCAAUCAGAUCAGGCGCGUAAUAAGUUGCAAAAAGAGGAUAGUAAGAGUACGAAAGGAACAAAAAGUGACACGAGUCUAUCCGAGGGAAAAACUGGUAAGGAGCCUGAAGAUUCUGGCGUGAUUCCAGAUACCUCCAAGGAAGCCAAAACGGUGACUCCAACUGUGACGGCUGAAGAUGUUGUAAGCGCCCCAAGUCCACCAUCCUCUACAACAAAGACUAAGCCGGCUGACGCCAAGAAGGCUGAAGAUUCUGUCCAUAGGACCGCGACGACUACAACACGGGUGCCAACUACGACCACUACGACCACCACUGCGCCCGAGGCACCUAGGAAUACAACGACCACAGAGGCGCCAACCACGACGACCACCCGCGCACCGUCACGUCUUCGCAGGAUCGACGGCAGCCUCAGCAGCUCUGCGUGGGUGUGUGCCCCGCUGCUGCUCGCCGCAUCCGCGCUGGCGUACACCGCUGUGAACUAA